AUGCUUCUUUUAGUUGAUAAAAAACAUUGCGACAAUGUUUAUGAAAGAGAAGAUUUGAAGAUUACUUUAAAACUUUUUCUUGAGAAAUUUGAUUACGAUUAUAUUAAAGAUGCUGUUGAGGCUGUAAUAAAACAACUCAAAACGGAUUCAAUCGAACAAUUAAUUCUAUCCUUUCCAGAAUCAGAAUCAAAUUCUCCCGAUUCAAUUGACGAAAAAUGGUUUAAUGAAGUUUUGCGUGUUUGGAAAGAAACAGAAAAUGGAUUGAUAGCACAACGGAAGGUUUUGUAUAUGGGGGUUGCCGAUUUUCAAUUACCUGAGCUUGAUCUUUUAUUUAAAAAAGCUGUCCAUAAACCAGGGAUUGUUCAUGUUUUUAUCGAUGGAUGUUGUGUGGUUAAUCCAGAGCUUCAAGCCUAUGCUAAACAAAAUUCAAUUCAACUUUUAACGCACAAUGAUCCAAAGCCUUUUCCAUUAAAAGAGGUCUUUCAUUGUUUUUGUGAGGACAAAUCUGAUCCCGAUUCGUCUCGAAUUUGUCAAACUUUAUUUGAGCCUGUCUGGGCAGCUAGAUAUACUGUUUGGGUACGGAGGCGUUCAUUAAUGGCUGCAAAGGUUUGGCAAAAAAAUUUUUUAAAGGCAUUUAAAAAAAUUUUCGAGACUAACUAA